AUGACAUCUCACAGAAAUGGCUCCACUGAGGUUUCAGACUUCCUCCUGAAUUGCUUUGUCAGGUCCCCCAGCUGGCAGCUCUGGGUGUCCCUGCCCCUCGGCCUCUUUUUUCUUGUGGCUAUGGGGGCCAAUGCCACCCUCCUGAUCACCAUCCGACUGGAGGUCUCUCCACAUGAGCUCAUGUACUACCUGCUCAGCCUCCUCUCCCUGCUGGACAUGGUGAUCUGCCUCACCGUCAUCCCCGAGGUCCUGGCCAUCUCUGCUCAACUCCAUUAUUGUGGGAGAAAUGUCAUCGAGAACUGCAUCUGUGUGAAUACGUCUGUCUCCAGACUCUCCUGUGAUGAUGUCACUAUCAAUCGUCUCCUCCAAUUUGCUGGAGGCUGGACUCUGCUGGGAUCUGACCUCAUCCUCAUCUUCCUCUCCUACACCCUCAUACUAAGGGCUAUUCUGAGACUGAAGUCAGAAGGAGCUGUUGUAAAGGCCUUAAGCACAUGUGGCUUCCACUCUAUCCUGAUCCUCUUCUUCAGCACCAUCCUCCUGGUCUUUGUCCUCACUCAUGUGGCAAAGAAAGUGUCCCCUAAUGUGCCAAUGUUCUAA